AUGCGCAGACGGACCAGGGGCUCCGCGGUAGUGGUAGCCCUCUUCAUGUUCUGCGUCUACUGCGUGUGCACGCUGUCAAUGAGGACUCGGGCGGAGCAAGCAGCAUUAGCAGGGGCAGGCGAUCCAAGCGGACCGGAUGCAGCAGCAGCACCACCACCACCGCCACUACCGAGUCGCACGACAUGGGACGACCCCCCGGCAGUACACGGAAACGGUGCCAACACACCGAAGAAGGCGACGUCGACGGGGAUACAUCCGAUUGAGGAGCUGGUGGGCGAUGCGCAACGGGAGUUCGAUGCGACCAAGAGCCGGCAGUCGACGACGCUGCGGCAAGCCGUGGACGAGUACCGACGACGAUACAAGAUGCCGCCACCACCGCACUUUGACAAGUGGUUCGAGUUUGCGAGAAAGAAUAACGUUCAGCUGAUUGACGAGUUCGACACGAUCUACGAGCUCAUGACGCCGUUUUGGGGGCUCAAGCCCAAGACGACGCGGGAGAGGGCCAAGGAGGCUCUGGGCGGCGACAACUUCCUGCUGGGUGUCGCCAUCCGCGACGGCAAGGUGGCUUUCAUGGAGGGCCAGGGCGACGACUGGCAGCGCGAGGCCACUCAGGGCAUGCUGGACAAGUUCGUCGAGUACCUGCCCGACAUGGACCUGGCCUUCAACGUCCACGACGAGCCGCGCGUGGUGGUGCCGCACGACGACAUGACACGGUUGGUCGGCAAGGCGCGCGGGGUCAACAUGCCGGCCGCCAACGCCGUGGCGAAGCCGGUCAACGAGUUCAGCCCUACGCCCGCUGAGAUCGCCAAGGGCAGCAUGACCUUUGACGAAACAAAGGUGACCCGGUUCAACGUGUUUGCGCACCAGCCCACGUGGACACACUCGCGCAUGUCGUGCCCGCCCGACAGCCCGGCGCGCGUUCUCGAGGAGGACGACCGCGUCGACGCCAUGAGCGACUACGGCUAUGGCGACCUGGGCUUCGUGUACAACGCCACCGCCCUGAGCGAUAUAUGUCUGUCGCCGUCGCUCAGCACGACGUAUGGCUUCUUCGACCGCCCCAACUCGUACGACAUCGUGCACGACCUGUUCCCCAUCUUCUCGCAGUCCAAGAUCUCGUCGUACGCCGACAUCAUCUACCCAUCGCCUUGGUACUGGUAUGGUAAGGUCAGCUACGACGAGUCCCAGGACAUCGCGUGGGCCGACAAGCGCGACCAGCUCUACUGGCGCGGGUCGACGACCGGAGGCUUCAGCCGUAACGGGGGCUGGAGGCGCCAGCACCGCCAGCAUUUUGUCCAGAAGAUCAACAGCCCUGACGAGACCACCAUCAUGACUGAUGUGCCCCAGGACGACGGCACCGCCGCCGCCACCUCGGCCUCCCAGCACAACUGGCGUACCAAGACCGUCUCGCGCGGCGACUACCGCGACCUCAUAGACGUCAAGUUCUCCCACGUCGGCCAGUGCGACCCAGGCGACUGUGACGCCCAGAUAAACUUCUUCGGCCUGGCCGAACAGGCCAUGCAGCACGCCGCCUGGGCGUACAAGUACCUCGUCGACCUUGACGGCAACGCCUUCUCCGGCCGUUUCUACGCCUUCCUCCAGAGCCGCAGCCUCGUCUUUAAGAUGGCCCUCUUCCGCGAGUGGCACUACGAGUGGCUUCGCCCCUGGAUCCACUACGUUCCGCUCACCCUCCGCGGGGACGAGUGGCUCGAGGCUAUCCGUUACUUCGCCCGCGACAAGGAAACGGGGCAGGCCCUGGGACGCAACAUUGCCAACGAUGGGCGUACCUGGGCUAACAAGGUUCUUCGCAACGAGGACCUCGAGGCUUGGUUCUUCCGUCUACUUCUCGAAUAUGCCCGAGUCAUUGAUGACAACCGCGAAAUCAUCGGCUUCGACCCUUCGAGUGCAGACAAGAGACUCCCCUUACAACCUAGAGAAACUCCCGGCCCUGUGUUGGCAUGA